GAGAUUAUAUUUUGACAGUUUUCGUUUGGUGUUUGACACACUUGUCAAGCUAAGUUCUUCUGCGUAUUUAUUAACAAAUAAGUUAAUUUAUAAUUUUAACAAUGUCUGAAUAUGACCAAGUGAAAAUAAGCAAACUGGUUCUUAAAGGUGAUAAAAAGAAGGGUAAAAAACGCAAGCAUAAGAGUAAAAAACAAGAGAAACCUACCGAAAAAAUCGACAAGGACAGUAUCGAGCAUGCAAAUUGGUGGAAAGUAGCAAAAAUCGAAGACAUCACUGGGCCUGUUGCUAUUGAAUUUGGCAAACAUACUUAUGUUAAAGCAUUAGACAAUGGUUUAUUCACCAUUGGAGCACCACAUGCUGAUUAUGAAGGUCCAUACCCUGAAGAAAUACUCACAGCAGUCGUGAUUAACGAAAGAAAAAUCGCUUUUAAGUCCGGUUAUGGAAAAUAUUUGAGAGUGGAGAAAGAUGGCAAUGUCACUGGAAGGUCAGAUGCAAUUGGUGCAAUGGAACAGUGGGAACCAGUGUUCCAAGAGGGUAAAAUGGCACUACAAUCAGCAACUGAUUGCUUUUUAUCCGUUGACGAUGAGGACGACUCAAUUGUAGCGAAAAACAAAUCAGCAGGGCCACAAAACAUGGUUGCAAUCAGAUGUCAAACUGUCAAACAAGAUACAACUUCAAAAGAAGUACCAGUUGAAGAAAACGGAUCUCUAGAACAAGUAGAAAUUAAUUAUGUUAAAAAGUUUCAAAAAUUCCAAGAUAAAAAGCUGCGCCUCAAUACCGAAGAUAAAUCAGCGUUGAAAUCAGCAAAAGAUGGCGGCUAUUUCCACGAAACCCUUCUAGACCGCCGCAGUAAGAUGAAAGCCGAUAGGUAUUGCAAGUAAACCUGGCUGAGGCCAAGUUUAAUUUUAAUUUAAUUUUUUACAUCAUUAUUUUGUAUUUGUCGUACGAAUUAAAGACUAAAGUAAUCGUAA